UAUCCCUUUUCAUUCACAACUAUCUCAAGUGUACCUUGAUGGCAAGAUAAAUGAUUCAGUUAAGCUUCUACUUAUUGAUUCAACCACAGAAGGAAUAGCAUUCAUCAGUCCUUGGCUUUGUAUUUUUGGGAAGGAUAAGGUUAAGAAAGUUGUUGAGCAGAAGAUAGAAUUUUUUCUGGAAGAAUUAGAAGAAAAGCAUGUGGUUAUCACCUUAGAAGCUAUUGUCGAAGCUUUUAUGACUAGCAUAUCAAUUUCUGAACUUGAAGCAAGCCGAGCAGUAUUUAGCAAAAUUCUGGGACCCAGGAUUGCAUGCUUAAUAUCAAAAGGCUCUCAGGAUCUAAUUACAGUGUCUGCAAAAGCCAUCACAGAUAUAUUCACGAUGAGUGAUUAUUGCAAUUAUUUGCCAUCCCUUGAAACUAUAGGUGCAGUUGAUAAACUUGCAAGUAUACUAGAUAACUGUGAGGAUCCCAUGAUCCAAACUAGCCUUUCAAAUAUCCUUGCAAAGCUCGCAGAAUUUGGAAGCUCGAAUACAGUUGACAAGGUGCUUCACAGAUUUCCCAUCAACCGGCUGGCAGAUUUGCUCUCUCCCCUUGCGGAUGACUGGCAUGAGAGUGUACUUACAACUUUGAUGUCAUUAAUAAAAGCUGGAAAAUCAAGAACUAUUGAGAGGAUGUUUGCUUUCGAGAUAGACAAGAGUUUGAUUAAACUUCUUGAAAUUGGAUCUGAAGUUGUGCAGAACAACGCUAUUGUGACUUUAAAGACAUUUUAUGAGCUUGGAGGUCCUGCUGUGAACAGGUCUCUUCGACCUGUUAAUCUAAACCUGUUGCCUUGGCAAGCAAGACUUCGACUGGAAAAACUUGUUUUGUCAGACCGAAACCCUCCCUCUCCACCAAAGCCCCAAACCUUUGAAGAACUUGUUCACAAGUUGCUUGACAGUGAUAACAAGCAGGUCUUGGAGGCAAUGGAAAUGAUCCUACAGAGUCCCCUUAUCAAAAGACUUUCAGAACUGCUGCAACAUGGGAAGCCAGAACAAAACUCUAUUAAGUCUGAGUUGGUUUUUACACUAAUGAAGCUCGCUUGCUCUGGGGGAGAGCCCUUCAUUAAGAAAUUUCUGGAUUACAACAUUAUUCCUGAGCUAGUCAAGAUGAUGCAAUGCAACACUGCUGACUUGCAUGUUGGGAUUUAA